GGUGACAUGAUGGAGGGUGUGGAAAGUUGGGUCAGUCUGACCAGUGUGCUUCACCAAGUACCAUCUCACUUGCUUCAGCUACUCGCAGCACUCUUGCUUCAGCUACUCGCAGCACUCUUGCUUCGUGAUAAUCAUGGCCGAUAACGUAGACACUAAGACUUCAAGCAGUUCUUUCCUGACAAAACUACGCGCACUACCUAUGGUGGAGGACUCUAUCUCUAAAGCCACUGAUCUCUACCAAAAAACACAGGACUACAAAGGUGUAGGAGUAGCAGUUAACAUAGCUGAAGGCGGUAUUAAAGCGGCCACUAAGAUAUUACCCUUGGCUGCCCCACUGCUGCGUCCAGUAGGCGGCUGGCAAACUGUAGACCUCUGGGCAACUCAAGGCUUGGAUAAACUACAGACCUGGGCACCUAUCAUCACUCUACCUACAACAGAGGUCCUAGGUAACCUCAAAGGGAAGGUGAUGAAGGCUGUAGCAGGAGAUGCCUCUGAAGACUCGUUAGCAACUGCUUUUUCAAAUAGAGCUGAGAAAACUGUACUUGUGUUAAAAGAAUACCAAAGCGGUAAAGCUUUGGUCGACAUGGCCACUGUCCUGGUAGAUGCAACCCACACCUUAGUCGACACCUACCUUCCUCCAGCUGAGGGAGACCUGAAUGAAUCGGACGGUCGUGAUGGCAGUCUUGUUAUUAAGUCUUCGGCUCUGGCACUGAAGGUCAAUCAUCGCCUCCACCGUACUGCCCACACCUUCAUCCACCCUGAUGCUGCUUGUACAGAUUUUUCCACACUUCAUAUCAUUAAAGUUGCUGGCACCUCGGCCCAAGACUGGGUUAAGGCUCUAAUGCAGGAGGUUAAACUAGAGGAAGUAACCCUGGCCAGAUUCGCCACUAGCUUGGUGCUGCACACUGCCCACAAGAUUGCUGUCGCUCUUAAUGCCCUGUUAAAUGUACUGCAGCAUCCACCCUCUGCCACCCAGAUGAUGGAUGCUCUGAACAUCUACAGUAACAAUGUUUCAGAGCGACUUAAAGCCCUGUACGCCCUCUUCUUCCAGUACUUGAAAGAUUUGCUGAAGGAAGUGAAGGCUGCCACCACCUUGCUGGCUUACUACGACAGUCUGAAGCGUGCUGUGAAGACCCAGAAAGAGGAAGCUUAACUUUCUCUUCAAAUGCUAAUUACUGCAAAAGUGUUAAAUUCAGAGGCUUAAAAAAAAGUUGCAUAAUCUUUUAACUGCUUAGGCAGAACAUUCCAAGUUUAAAUAUUUAUUUAAUAAAAUAAAAGUAUUAA